AUGGCUCAUAUAGAGACUCCAACAGACGAGGAAGAUAUUACGGAUCCUGUCGAGGCAAAAAAGGUGCUACGAAAGGUCGAUUGGCGUAUCAUUCCAUUGCUUCAAUUCCUCUAUAUGUUAACGUUUCUUGAUCGCGUUAACAUUGGAAAUGCGAGGCUUUGGAAUUUGGAACGCGACCUGAAAAUGUCCGGUUAUGAUUAUAAUGUUGUGGUACUGAUUUUUUAUGUCCCAUACAUAAUUCUCGAACUUCCAUCAAAUUACUUCUUUAAUCGAAUCGAGCCAAGGAAAUUUAUGGGAGUUAUCGUUAUGGGAUGGGGAUUGACGGUUACUUUUUCUGGUUUUUCUACUAGUUUUGGUGGCCUCCUCGUUGGUCGAAUAUUUAUUGGUAUUUUCGAGGCAGGAAUGUUUCCAGGAUGUAUGUACUUGAUAUCUGGGUGGUAUCGACGGCACGAACUUGUAACACGUAUGGCUUUCUUCUUCGUCGCCAACGACAUUGCGGGUACAAUAUCAGGAUUACUUGGCGCCGGUUUAGGAUCCCUUGAUGGGGCACGUGGAUAUUCUGGAUGGCGCUGGAUUUUCUUUAUUGAAGGUGCUGUAACAUGCAUCGCAGCGGUCCUUGCCUGGUUUUACGUUCCUCCAUUUCCGGAGAACAGCAAUUUCUUAACGCCAGCUGAGAAGAAAUGGCUACUUAAUCGACUAAAAUCCGACAACAAAGGCAUGUCCCAUGAAAAGAUGACCAUCCGAAAAGUCGCAGAUUCACUCAAGGACUGGAAGGUCCUUACCUCUGGCGUACUCUACCUCGCUGUCUGCACUACAGCCUAUGCCAUAUCUGUUUUCCAACCUACUAUUCUACGUACCUUUGGCUGGGAUGAUCUCAAGUCAAAUCUUCUAAGCGCACCACCACGACUCGCAUCCGGCAUCGUUUCUGUUCUGAUUGGCAUCUGGUCAGAUCGAAUUCAACGAAGAGGCGUGUUUUGUCUUGGUGGUUUCUCCUUAAGUAUGCUAGGUCUAUUUCUCAUCGCAUUUUUAAAAGGUAGCCUUAGAUACAUGGGUAUCUAUUUUGCUGCUAUUGGGAUUUACAUAGUACAACCUUUAUGUAUCGCCUGGUGUGCGAACCAAGUGACAAGUUCUGCCAAGAGGGGAACCAUCACCGCCUUCGCUGGUACUCUAGGACAAUUCGGUGGAAUUAUCUCAGCUCUAGUAUUUCCAUCUAAGGAUGGACCUCAAUACCUUCCUGGAAUCAUGACCUGUGUCGCUUUUCAAAUAGCAGGAGUUAUUGCUGCCAUUAACCUAUGGGUUUGUUUGUCUUAUGAGAAUAGACAACGAGAAGCAGGAAAGCGUGAUCAUUUACGGGAACUUUCCCAAGAAGAACAAGACCAACUCGGGGAGAAACAUCCUGACUUUAGGUACACUGUCUAG